GUUUGACAGCCGUUUUUAACCGACGAAGAAGAAGAUGACGGCGACGAAAACAAAGCGACGCUCAUAAGUCCCCUCUCAAUAUUAUCGUAACUUCAACCUAAUUUUUUUUCAUACCGAGCGUUGUUUUCUCCAAAUUCAUACUAACCCCACAUUGGAUUCACGUAACCCAACCAGUUAGCUUGUUCUAACUAGCGACGGACAUUUUAUUUAACAGCAUAUGAUAUCAAAAUAUUAGCCAGCGACUAGCCUGUCAUCAGUUAGCUGACAGAAGCCAGACAGUUAGCUUAGCUCCAGCAGAGAUAUCUGACGUAGCUUUGAGUUCAGAGCCCUUUAGGGGUGAAGCUUUAGUUUAAGUCUUGUUCCAGAAAAACCCGAAACAUGUCGGAUGAUUAUGAAUUAAGCGACGACCCGAACAUGAUGAGAAUGGAGGAGGAUGGAGAGGCGAACAGUGACGACCCGAUGUCAGCAGCGGGGGACUGUGGCCUUAUGGGGGGCGAGGCCGAAGGAUCAAGGAUCGACGCCAGUAAAAACGAGGAGGAUGAAGGGAAGAUGUUUGUUGGAGGCCUCAGCUGGGACACGACUAAGAAGGACCUGAAAGAUUACUUUUCAAAGUUUGGGGAAGUGGUAGACUGCACGUUAAAGCUGGACCCCAUGACUGGACGGUCAAGGGGUUUUGGGUUUGUGCUCUUCAAAGAACCUGAAAGUGUUGAUAAGGUUGCCUCACAGAAAGAACAUAAACUUAAUGGGAAGGUGAUUGACCCCAAAAAAGCCAAGGCUAUGAAGAGCAAGGAGCCAGUAAAGAAGAUCUUUGUUGGUGGCCUCUCUCCUGACACUCCUGAAGAGAAAGUCAGAGAGUAUUUUGGUGCCUUCGGAGAGGUGGAGUCCGUUGAGCUUCCCAUGGAGAACAAAACAAACAAAAGGAGAGGCUUCUGUUUCAUCACAUUCAAGGAGGAGGAGCCAGUAAAGAAGAUUAUGGAGAAAAAGUACCACAAUAUUGGAUUAAGCAAGUGUGAAAUAAAAGUGGCGAUGUCUAAGGAGCAGUACCAACAGCAGCAGUAUUGGGGUGGCAGAGGAGGAUAUUCAUCUAGGUCUCGGGGAAGAGGUGGCCCAAAUCAAAAUUGGAACCAGGGUUAUGGCAACUACUGGAAUCAAGGCUAUGGAAAUUAUGGCAACUAUGGUUACAGUAAUCAAGGCUAUGGAGGAUAUGGUGGCUAUGAUUACUCUGGUUACAACAACUAUUAUGGCUAUGGUGACUACAACAAUCAAUCUGGUGGUUAUGGCAAGUCGCCACGACGUGGUGGUCACACGAACAGUUACAAGCCGUAUUAAUAGGGGAAACCCUCCUCUUGAAAUAGCGGAGCUUCCUUGCAGGCCAUGAGCUGACUCCCAGAUACUCUCAGGGCCCGCUCAAUGCGGACCGGGUAUGAGAAGCAUACGCUCUCGAAUGCUGCCAUUUGGUAUGGUCUUCCAACAUCCUGUAUCAGCAUUUCUAAACUAAACAAUAUGGGACACGUCCAGCUUUGUCAUCUUUCUUUCAAUUUUUUAAUUUCUUUGCAAUUGUUUGUAAUGUAAAACGUAAAAUAUACAUAUGUAAUUGUCAUUUUUUACAGGCCCUUACUCCCCCACAAGUAAUAAUUAUAAAUCUGAAAAAAUAACUUUGUUUUUUAAAGGAUACAUACAGCUUUCUCUGGACUUUCCAGUUCCUAAUGUUAAUAUAUGCAUCCCUAAUCUUAAUUAAAAUGCUUGUUUCUUUAUUUAGCUCUUGUAGCCAGUAGUCCAUGAGCUAAAACCUGGUUCGUAUUUGGACUCUACUGUGCUGGGGGAUAAAGUGCUUUAAUUUGUGUACAUGUAUUGUUCUGUUUUGUGUUACUCACAGCGAUGGAAAAGGCUCCUCCUUUUGUUAAUUUUCCUGUAACAAAUUUUCCUCUUAUAACCUUUGGUAAAAUGAGAAGAAUCAAAGUGUCACUACAUCUCCAGAAAAUUUGCAUGUAAUGCUUUCUUUAAUGUGUAUUUUUGACCAAUCUGAACAUUUCUUCCAUUUAGUAUUUUGGCUUUGACUUCUUCAAUUUAAUGCACUUCAAGAUCUCUAGCUUAACUUUCUAACUUUUUAUGUAAUAUGUUAAAAUAAUCAGUUUGGUUUUUUUCUUAUAGUUUUUUUAUUACAUUGGACAUUAUAAACACAGGGGAUUCCUAUUGUUUUGCAAUCUUACCCUCUUUGUUUGUCUAUAGCUGAUUUAUUGUUGUUUGUUUUUCAUAGGUUUCAGAGUGAUGAAAGUCUACCGUGCGCUGUUGGAGCCUUGGCCAGAGAGAUGAUGGCAUCCAGCAAAGAUUACUUAGCUUCUUCAAUUACUAGACAGUAAUUGAAGAACACCGAGACCUACAGUACAUUUUCUCCUAUACCUACUGAGUAUUUCAUUGUUAUGCAUUUAUUUGGAUUGCUGCAAUGUUUGAUCAGUUUGCUUUCCUCAUCCCUUCGUUUUUUGUACUUAUGUCCAAAUGCUAACUUGUGAACUGCUUCAUAUAUUCCAUGACUGAAAUGUAACAUUGGUUGGAACAAAUCACUCACAUAUUCAGUAAUGUGGUAGCAAAGAUACAAAAUGUGUUAUUACAAUUCAUUAUCUUUAUCAUAGUCAUCAAUCAUAUAUUAAAUAUGUUAUUACAGAGUUUGACAGUCAUAAACAUACAAUAUAUAUACAGUGUAUUGGACAUGAAGAAAUGCGACAAAUAAAAAUAAACACAUUUGAAUUUCUGUUCCAUUAA